CUGACCUCCAGCGAUCCUCCCGCCUCCACCUCCGCCUCCCAGAGUGCUAGGAUUACAGGCGUGAGCCACCGUGCUGGGUCUAAACUGCAUUUCUUGUAUACAUCAUAUCACUGCAUUUUAAAUCCUGAGCUGAUUCUUUUACUAGGAGAAUUCGAUCUGUUCGAGUUUCGUUUAAUAACUGACAGGCUGUACUCGGUUUUCUAUGCUGGCUUAUUUUACACGUGUUGGUUUCCUUUGUCUUCCACGGUUACAUUUGCCAUUGCAAUAAUGGCUCCGCCUCCUCCCCUGGGGCUCCUGUCAAACACAUAGUCAAACACACACUCUGUAGCCUGUGUCUGGAUGGGGAUCCUCUCCUCUGGACCCCACCGAACCUGUCAGUCUGUAGAUUCAAGUCUUUUUUCAGCUCAGGAAAAAAUCUAUUUCUUGACUAUUCUCUUUCACUUUUUGUUUCAUUUGCGCCUGAGCUCUCCUGCCUGGGUUCCUCCCAGCUCACUUCCUCUCUAUGUACUUUUGCCCUGAGGCUUGAUCUUCCAGGCCACAGACUUGAAUCUCAACAGUGACUGUCUUCUCCUUCAAUUAGUACAAUGAUAUCUUUUAAGUUCAAAAAAACCUACACUAUUUGGCACCAAUACAUGCUGUACAGGUUUGUAGCCUAGGAGCAAUAGGCCAUACCAUAUAGCCUGGGUGUGUGUUAGGAUAUACCAUCUAGGUUUGUGUCAGUGCUCUCUAUGAUGUUUGCACAGCAACAAAAUUGCCCAGUGAUGCAUUUUUCAAGCUCCUCCUCACGUGGCAAGCAAUGUAUAACUGUAUAUGAAAUCCCUUAAUCAGGGAUUAAGUUGCUAAAGUAAUACCUAAAAUACUCAUUAUUUACUAUGUAUAGGAUUUUUCUUUUAAGGAGCAAAAAAUGUGUUUCGUGUUAGUGGGAACUUAAUUUGGGGCUAGAUGUUUGAUUAUUUAACGGGCCCCAGAGUUGUGAAGUGUUUUGUUUUGAAGAAGGGAGAGAAAGUGGUUGCAUUCUGAAAAAGUAUUUGAAGUUUUUUUCCAUGUAAAAUCAUUAUGUUAAUUCUAUUUAAAUAAAACCAAUGAAGGUAAUGUCAAACGUAAGGAAUACCAGCUUCCUGUGAAAUGUGAAAGGAAGGAAGGAAGUCAGCACUGAUUUGAGAAAUACGAUUGUAACAACAGGUCCAUCCCUAAAUGAGGCAAAUCUUGGAAUCACUUCCAACUUAAAACCAUUACUAUGCACCAAGCCAUGUGCUGGACACUGGGACAAAAGAUGAAGCAUCUCAGUUUACAUAUUACAGGAUGUAGCAAACAAUCAACAAGUCAUAAGAUAGAUAGGAAGCAUUGUGAGUUAAGUCAGUUGGUUUCUACUAUACCGGUAUUUCAAGAAAAUUAUUUAACCGGCUGACUUUAAGAUCCUAAGUGUCUUCUCCGUGUGUCACACAGGAUAGACCUCUGAAAAGUGGCAUAGUUACUUCUGGGUUAAUGGCUGUGUUUAGCCAAGGCAGGAUGGGGGGAGUUUCCCCAUGCUGACAUAAAGGGCUAUUCACUCGGAUUCACACAUUCUCUCCUAGACUGAAUUGCACAACUCCUAAAACCCAUCCUACAGAAAUUUUGGAGUCAUCACUGAUUCCGUGGCAGCCCCUAUCUAAUAGAGUGGUGAAUAUGAAUUAUCAAACGUGGAACAAAGGAUACCGAAAGUUGAGGAAAAAUGGUAACAUUUUCGAGUAAAUAACCGUAAUGUGUGUUCUGCCUGCCACCCUAACUGGUGCUCAUUUGGCAGGUCAGUUGCGUUUCUUGGAAGCAGUCCUGCCCGGGAGAGGAAGAAUCUCUCUCAGAUUUUAGCCUGGAGGAAGACAAGAUGUCGGCCCCGCCUCAGGAGCUGCCUGACACUUUGGCUCCCUUCCUGGACACGCGUUCAGCUCAAGAGCUGCCUCCAGGGCCAGAUGGGUUUGCUGUUCCACAUCAGGAUCCGAAUGACAAGCUGACUGGACAACAAAGGCUCCCGGAGGUCGUUCCAGUGCCAGGCUCGGAUCAGACUCAAGUCGUAGCUCUGCCUCCUCAACUCAGAAGUAAGAUUCAAGCUGUAGGUCUAGAUCAGGCUGCAGAUCACCAAGCAUCUGAAACACUUGUUCCACCUCUAGGUAGUCAGAGUUCAAGACCAGGAAGGUUUAUUAUUUCACCAAAGAACCUGAAGAAUGAUCUAGGUCAGCAUCGACGGCUUGCUAAGGUGGUUCCUGGAACUUCAGAUCAAUUUACAUCAAAACCUCAGCAACAACCACAAACUCUACAGGAUGAUGCUUAUCUAGAUCCAAGUAUGGGUAUAGUUUAUCCUACUGGUCCACCUCUGGAAUUCCCAGAGAACUUCGUUGAGCCUCCAAGGCCCCCUGAACUUUCUCAAUUCCACCUAGGGGAUGAAACGCAAAAUCCAGAGACCCCUGAGGAGAUCCGAUCUUCUUCACUCCAGCAAGGAGCCUCAGAACAAUCCCCUGAGGAGAUAGAACCUUCUUUAACCCAGCAGGAGGUCCCAGCUCAGCAGCUACCUGAUACUGGAGAGGUUGUAGCUCAGCCAUUAACACGUGAUGAAGUAGAUGUUCCAUCUACAAGUCAGACUGCAGCUCAGCACUCGCUCUUCUCCAGAGUCACAGUUAAACCUGUGGAUCUGGAGCUUACAGUAACUCCAGAGGCAGGUACCAACAUUGAACCUGCUCCAACUCAGCAGCAGGCCCCAGCUCAGCGUCCAGAGCCGCCUAAGGAGGUUAUAGCUCCUGCGUAUUCUGAGAUAAUAGUUCCAACACCAAGUCAAGCUCAAGCUCAAGCUCAGCAUCCAGCGUCACCCAGUGUCCCAGUUCAACAUUCGGACCUAGAGUCUACCGAGAGUUCAGUAUCCACCACGCAGGCUGAACAUCCUGUUGCCCUGGAGAAGCCUGUAGCUCCACCUCCAGACCAGGUUCAGACUCAGCUUCCAAACCUGCCUGAAGUUACAGUUCAACCUUCUGAGAUGGAUUUUACUGUAAAUUACAUCUCAGAACAGAAUGCCCCCACAUAUGCCACCAACAUAUGUGAGCUCUGUACCUGCAAAGAUGAGACAAUGUCGUGUGUUGGUCUCAGCCCAAAGCAGAGGCUCCACCAAGUGCCUGUGCAGGAGCCUAAUGCCUGUAAUGGCACCUUCACCAUCUUAAAUUUCCAAGGAAAUGCUAUUUCUUACAUUGAUGGGAAUGUAUGGAAAUCAUACCCUUGGACUGAGAAACUAAUUCUCAGUGAAAACAAUUUGACGGAAUUACGCAAAGAUUCAUUUGAAGGCCUGCUAUCCCUCCGGUAUUUAGAUUUAUCAUGCAAUAAAAUACAGUCAAUUGAAAGAGGUACAUUUGAAACCCUACCGUUUUUGCAGUUUGUAAAUCUUGGUUGCAAUUCACUGACAGAAGUGACCUUUGGAACAUUUCAGGCUUGGCAUGGAAUGCAAUUUUUACAGACGUUAAUUCUCAAUCAAAAUCCUCUGGCCACUGUUGAAGAUUCAUAUCUUUAUAAAUUGCCAGCAUUAAAAUAUCUAGACGUGGGAACAACACAAGUCUCACUUACAACAAUUGAGAACAUCCUCAUGGAAACUCUUGAGUUGGAAAAACUGAUCUUACCUAGCCGUCUGGCCUGCUGCCUCUGCCAAUUUAAAAGUAAUAUUGAGACUGUCUGCAAGACAGUGAAGCUACAGUGUGAGAAUGCAUGUCUGACAAGCACCACAGAUUGUCGUGAAGAAGCAUCUCUAGGGAAUACAGAAGGAUCGCUCAUGAAGGUAUUACAAGCCCGAAAGAAGCACACCAGCACUGAGCUGACUAUUGAGUCAGAGGCACCCUCGGAUAAACAUGGCAUCAGCUUGUCAGGCUUCACGAACAAGCCGCUGGGCUUCAAUGAUGAAAGCGAUGUUAUUAGUGCACUAAAUUACAUAUUGCCUUACUCCUCAGAGGGAAAUCUAGAAGAUGUGGAAUCAACAUUAUUACCAUUCAUUAAUCUGCUUUUUUCAAAUGAACAAGAUGGAGACAAGCCCCUGAGUCAUCUGCAAAACAAUAUAAAGACCCCCUCUCUUCAACCUGCAUCCAACAAUCCAACUUACACAAAUAAACUGAGGAAACUCUAUUUUCUGAAAAAUUUAUUACAUGCAGAAAUUCAAGAAAAAAUUGAUGAGGUUAAAAAGAAAGAGAAAGCUACCAUGCUUAUGCAGUCCAGCUGUUUAGGUCCCAAAUUUAAAUGCCAAAUCUUUGCCAAAAUAUUGGAAACCGCUCAACCACAGGAAAACAGCCUGGCAGAGACUGAGGGUACAGGGAAAAGGCGGCAGAGGAUGAAGAUAGUCCUCAAGGGGCCCAAGUGCAUAAGGAAAAACUCUUAGAAGAGGAGA